CUGGCGCGACGCUCAGUCCGUUACGGGGUCGCGAGGACUACGCACGGUCUUAUAUGUUCUCGCGACUUCCUCCUUCCGGAAGGAUUUGGUACUUGAUGAUUUAAGACGUAGACGCGCCAAAAUCAUUUUCUUAAAUCAACAAGAACGAAAUGAAGUAAUAGUGUUUCUGUGAUAUCGUGACAUAACGUGACUCGUUGACAAUCAUGCUUUCGUGUUUUGCUACGAUCAAUUGGUGAUAGUGCUAGAGAACGACGGACCACGACAUUGCACUUGGUGAACAACCGAGAUAUUUUCGUGACAACGAGCAAGGACAUCCCAUAACUUCGACGUCGUUUUAUCAAACACCGAGUGACUUCUUUUUGGUAUCAAGUGUAACGGAUGUAGUGCAGAAAAUGUUACACUUGACGAGGACUGAAAUGACGCAGGAGUCACGGUGAGAAAAGGGCGAGGGUUUCACCCUCGCACGAAAAGGGGGUGCCAUGGCGAAGAACUUUAGUUUCGUCGUUGGUGCAAGCCCAUCGACUACUCCUCUCCUUAUUCGUCUCCUCCUAGUCGGCUUCAUCUCGUUCGUUCCAGCAACUCUUGCCGUGGAUCUUUCACAAUGCAUCGCACCACUGGGCAUGGAAUCCGGAGCAAUACCGGAUAAGGACAUCACAGUCAGUUCCACCUACGAUGCCGGAAAUGUUGGCCCGCAUCUGGCACGGUUGAAAACGGAGAGCCUCGGUGGUGCUUGGUGUCCAAAGAAUCAGAUCACAAAGGAGGCGAAAGAGUGGUUGGAAAUUGAUCUUCACACUGUCCAUCUUAUUACUGCCACCGCUACUCAAGGUCGUUUUGGGAACGGACAAGGUGUCGAGUACUCAGAGGCUUAUCUUUUGGAGUAUUGGCGACCACGAUUGGGCAAAUGGGUUCGUUAUAGGGACAUCAAAGGACAAGAGGUAAUACCAGGCAAUACGAACACGUAUUUGGAGUCCAAGCAUGAACUGGAGCCACCUCUGUGGGCUAGCAAGAUCCGUUUUCUGCCCUUCAGCCGUCACACGCGGACAGUUUGCAUGCGGGUCGAGCUCUACGGGUGUUACUGGAGCGAUGGUGUGGUUUCCUACUCGAUGCCUCAAGGUGACAAAAGAGGAAACGAAUGGGAAUUCUUCGACGCUACUUACGAUGGCCAUUGGGACGAUGAACUUCGUCGUGGACUGGGCCAAUUAACUGACGGUAAAACGGGCCCAGAUGAUUUCAAGAUGGGCUAUUAUGACGAUCGAGGACAAGGUUGGGUUGGCUGGAGAAAUGAUACACGAAGUGAUCAACCGAUUGAAAUUAAAUUUGAGUUCGAUGUAGUCAGAGAAUUCUCGGCAAUUCAUAUUUACUGCAACAACCAGUUCACCAGAGACGUUCAGAUCUUCUCGCAAGUCGACAUACUCUUCAGUAUAGGUGGGAGAUACUACAACGGUGAGCCGAUUACCUACACCUAUAUGGAGGACAAAAUAUUCGAAACGUCUCGUAACGUCACCAUCAAGCUUCACCAUCGUAUUGGCAAGUACGUGAAAUUGAGACUCCAUUUUUCCGCCAGAUGGAUCAUGAUCAGCGAAGUGAUUUUCGAUUCUGAUGUAGCUCACGGUAAUUUCACAACGGAAGAACCACCUACCACGGAAUCACCGAUCCAAAGUGAUGUUUUUGUUGAAAAAAAUGGAUCAGGCGUUGACGGUGAACUUCCUGUUUCAACUGCUAAACAUGAUGAUCCAACUUACAUGGCAAUCGUAAUCGGUAUAUUGAUGGCAGUGAUACUACUCCUUGCCGUGGCGAUAUUUUUGAUUGUUUCAAGGCACAGACAACGCAAAUGCUUUGCCAGUCCGAUGACUGGAAAAGCCCCAUCUCAUUUAGGUUCAACCUGUGCCACCGUUGAAAAAGGAGCAGCGUUGAUGGCUUAUACUUUGGAAGACGACGAAAGAUACGCCGGGGGUUCUUUGCCUACCCUACCACGUGAUCUGGGCAAUCGUCUCCUGGAUAUCGCCAAGCUCGAUGACUAUCAGGAACCCUACCAAGCGUUGAAGUAUGCUCCAUACUACAGCUACAGUACCGUCGUUAUGGAGAUGAAAGACAUGAUGCUGAACAACAAGGGCACCAACAUCAAUCACUCAGCAGUGUACGCGAACGGUGCAGUUGACACAUCGUACGAUUAUGCGGUACCGGAACUCGGCACGGUACCUCUCCUCAACCAAGAAGGAACCGGAGGAUGCGCUAGAACCACCACAGUAUCCAGUACUACCAGCGACAAGGAUAGUCUCUUCUCUAAAAAUUCUUCACAUAGCACUAAAACCGAGGACAAGAAGUCACCAACACAACAGGAGGUACUGUCGGCCUUGAAAAGACGUCUCGAGCAAACGAGCGUGCCGCUCUUCCCACGACAUCGCCUUCGCAUGCUUUCCAAACUCGCUGAAGGUGCUUUCGGGACGGUAUAUGUUGCUGAAGCCGAAGGGAUUCCUGAGUAUGGAACAACGACCACCCUUGGCAAACGUUUCGUCGCCGUCAAGUUUUUAUUACCGGAAGCCAGCGAGAAGGAAAAGCUCGAUUUUCAGAGAGACGUGAGGAUUUUGGCGGCACUCGAGGAUCGCAAUAUCGCUAGGGUUUUGGGUGCUUGCUGCCGUGAGGAACCCUACUGCGUUGUGAUGGAAUAUUUGGAACAUGGGGACCUCUGUCAAUUCCUAAAGACGCAUAUCACUGCAGAGGAUGCCCAUUCCAUGCCAAUCGGUGUUAAGACGCUUAGUUUCAACUGUCUCAUCUAUAUGGCAGCGCAAAUCGCAUCGGGUAUGCGGUAUCUCGAGAACCUCAACUUCGUGCAUCGGGAUUUGGCUACUAGGAAUUGUUUAGUUGGAAAAGCUUAUCAUAUCAAGAUCUCAGACUUCGGUACAGACAACGAACUAUAUGCCUGUGACUAUUAUAAAGUGGAUGGAACUGUACCUUUGCCUGUUCGUUGGAUGGCUUGGGAAUCUAUAUUUUUAGGCAAAUAUACAACGAAGAGCGACGUAUGGGCAUUCGCGGUGACUCUUUGGGAGAUUUUAAAUUUAGGAAGACGAAUUCCUUAUGAACAUUUAUCGAACGAAGAAGUGGUUGAGAGUCUCCGAAGAUUUCAUCGUGCUAACGAAGAAGAUGGCUCCGCUUCAGAAAGUGGUUGUACCGAUGGAACGAACGAUCAUUUUGAUUAUUUACCUAGACCAACAGCUUCAUCGAAAGACAUUUACGAUCUGAUGCUCGAAUGCUGGCGUCGCGAGGAAAACGAACGUCCGACGUUCCGCGAGAUCUCGCUUUUCUUACAACGGAAGAAUCUCGGAUACGCGCCAACAUCUUGAUAUUGAAAUGUGAACACCAACGAGGGUUAUAAUUUCUUUCAUGGAACUUUCCGAUCUGCCGACGUUAUGAGGAUCGAACGAUGAUAUAACUUCAUCGAUUUUUCUUCUAUUUGUUAAUUAUCAGCUUCAGGACGGAUUUAUGAACUUUGAUAACGUAGAUCGUUUGAAAAUGUCAAUCGGAAAUACGUGAAGGUUCCAAUUUGAUCGGCAACAUUCAUGAAUAAAUAAAUAUCUUCCAAUUAAUUAGGAGUUUAACUUGAAGCAUUUUAUGGAAAUUAUAUGGGCUGAGAAAAUGUAUUUUUGACGAUUAACACGUCUACGGAAAGGAUGUUAUCGUAUUGGUUCUCUUAUACUAUUUUGAUGAGAGAUCGUUAGGAGCCUAUAUCGCAAACAUUCCUUAUUAAAAUUUACAAAAAACUCCCGCUUGAUUGGAAUCAUCAAAUUCUUUGUCGUUUUCUUUUUGUUUUCGACGAGAAGAUAAAGAGCUGAGAAUACAUACAUUUGAUAUUUCUAAGAGACGAGAAUAUGACGUUGGACUGUGACUUCGACAAUCCAAUGAGUGCGCCGUGGUUCUUAAUAACUCGUUUAUAACAAAAGGCUACUGGUUUAUAUGACUGAACGAUAGAAUGGCGAUGACGCCUCUGAUGUAAUAAACUUAAGAUUAAAUGGAAAAAAAAAAAAAAAUGAAAAAAAAAAAAUAAGAAAAAAAAGGGGGAAAAAAAAUGAGAAUGAAAAAGACAAAGAAAAAGAAAAGAUAAAGAUAAAAAUAAAGAGAAAACUAUUCAAGAUUCUUCGUAAAGUAAACGUUUAGGAGCAAUACAAUGUAAUUAGCUAUUAAAUACUGCUGUGAACAUUCCUGCAUAGACGAGUAUGUAUCUAUGCCUUUAAAUAAUUACUUGAUCGAUUAAUCAUGAUACGAUCGAUAAUUCAGCACAAUGCUCGUUACUUAACCGAAUAAAAGUAGCGGCGAUGAGUGAUUGUUUGUUCGUUGGGUUUUUUUUUUCUUUUCUCUAUUUAAUUAAAAAUUACAUCGACCAUAAUGGCAAUAUAUUAAUUAUAACAAUAUAAACGCUGUGACUAUCGUUGCUAAUUAAUCGAAAAUUGCGAACGGAUGUGUGCGAUCAGUAUGAUGGAAUGCGUGUGUAUAUGAGUAUGCGUGUAUCGAUCUAUUUCUCUUCGAUAUUAUAUAAAAUAAAAUUAAAAAAAAAAAAAAACCUCUUCGAGACAAGUCUGCAUGUAUAUACAUAUAUGUAUAUAUAUAAUAUAUAUAUAUAUAUAUAUAUAUAUAUAUAUAUAUAUAUAUAUAUAUAUUCGUAAUGAUCAUAAGCAAAUUUUAUAGAAUUAAAACGAUACCAAGCGACAUGGAGUUUUCAUAUUUGUUUUUAAUAUUAAUUAAAAAAAAAAAAAAAACUUGAAUAAUUUAUUUUACUUUUAAUAUAUAUAUAACUUUUAUCAUACUUUUUAAUUCAUGUCACUUAUAAUAGUCGGAUGCAAGGACUUUCAAGAAUGCUAAGAAUUGAAAUUCGAUAACGUUGUGCUGUUCUUGUAAUGAACAUUCAUAUCGAUAUAUCGAAACGAAUCAUCGAAUGAAAAGUAAAAAAAGAAAUACAUAAAUUGAAAUAAACAUAUAUUCGAUUAACGGCAAUAUCGAGAUAUUAUGACAACAGACAUGUUAUUAAUAAAAAAAAAAAACAAAAAAAACAAAAACAAAAAAAAAACAAAAAAAAAAAGAAAAUUCUAUAUGCUAGGCGGGAUCAAUGAUACUAGUAUAAAUAUAUCGUGCAUAGGAAUGCAUUAAUAAACAUAAUAAUAAUGAUUAUUUCUUUUGAAAAUCACAAUACAUUUUCUUUCGAAAAUUUGGAAAGAAAAAAAAAUCAUGAAAAUGCUUGUUCGUUGUUAAUGAAUGAAGCUUUUGGAAAAUAUCAUUUUCGCAAACGUUUCAACAUAUCGUGCUGUGUUCCUUCGUGCUUAUUUCAACGAAAGAAUAAAAGUUGAGAGGUGUAAAAGAGCAUAGAAAAUUGAAAAGCAAUAGGUAAAGAAAUCGGAGUAUAUUAUACAAGUGUAUAUAUAUAUAUAUAUAUAUAUAUAUAUAUAUAUAUAUAUAUAUAUAUAUAUAUAUGUAAGUGCAUAAUCACUUUGACGAAAAUUUAAUUGGAACGAAAGAGUUCAACGAAACGAUUCAAUCAUUAAGUUCCAUUGUAUAUGUAUAUGACAGAUAGAUUACUACGGAAAAAAAAAAUACUGUUGUCUUUCAUAAUGCUGUUUUAUUUUUCUUAUUCGUACUUUGUUGUACGUAAAGAAAAGAUGAACAACAUUGUGAAAUGUAAUAGUACGCGUAAUCUUAACGUAUAGGCGAUGUUACCGUUAAAACGUUAAAAAUACUAUUUAUAUAAAUUAAUCUAAUGCCAUUUAAGGAAGUAGAUAGUCAGAAAAUUAGUCAUAUACGUUUUUCGAUAUAUGUUUAAUUCGAGCGUAACUAAAAAAUCGAAUUAGUCUCGUACAUUUGUACGAACGAGAUCAAAUUUGUGUCUAUCUGUUCGUGUUUUUACCUAUAGUCGUACCAAAAAUGAUUCGAUUCAUUUUUCUUUAAAAAAAUCUCUCAAAUUUCUUUCUCACGAUUGCUAUUUCCAAAUGAAAUUAAAUUCAUCAACUUAGAUAUACAAAAUGAAAAAUAAAACGUAUAAAUAGACACAAUGUUUGAUUUUAAUCACAUACAUUGUAUUAACAUUAAUUGAAAGAUAUGAAUUGUAGUUUCGCUCGAAUUACAUUGAUAUAAAAAUAAUGCUGCCUUUGGCUAUAUCGUUGCCCCUACUGCUAAAGAGUAACUCACUUGUCUACUCAUGUGAUAAUUCAGUAUAUCUCUUCGUAUCUACCUGUACCUAACUAGCUCGAUGAAAUUUUCAGAAAUGAAAGGAUUACAUUUUUCAAACUCUGUGUGAUCAAAAAGAAUUUUUCUUUUCUUUUUAUUCAUUUAUUAUAGACUAGCGUUGGAAAGAACAGUCAACCACGUUGCUUAUAUCUGUUCUUUUUUUUUUCUUUUUUAAAUUAAAAAUUAAUUCCCUUAAAGAAAUUGCGAAUAAAAAUAUAAUCCUUUCCUAUCUGAGAGAAAUAAUAUCGAGAUGACUAUUCUACCUAAUAUGCGCCUUCUCCGCCAAUUAUAUCGAAUAAUUUUAAGUUCGUUGCGACUUAAAGCUCUGUCAAAGUCGUUAGUUAAGUGAUCGCUACGUGCUGAAAAAAGUCAUACGAAUAAGUGUUAUCGUGUAAUAAUUCAUUCAAAAGUCCCUUGUUUCGCAUAUUUAAUAUAUUACUAUAAAUUAUUUUGUAGAAAUAUAUCACUCUCUGCAGGUUAAUUAGAACGUGUAAAAAAAGAAAAAAAGAAAAAAAAAGAAAAAAAAAGGAGAAAAAAAAAAGAACAAAGAAAAGAAAAAGAAGAAAGAGCGACUACUUAAAGUAAAUUGAAUUAAGCAGCAUAGUUUAAUAACUUCUUUUGAAAUGAAGCUUGAUUUUGAAAGCAAUCGGAUUACCGAUCUAUCGUGGAAUUGAAUGAAAUCUUUAAGAGAUAAAUAAAUAAUCGGAAAGAGACUAUGAAGAGCUCACCUAGUUAUAUCUUCUGUAUCGGACACGGGCGAAAUUUAGCUUUUUUUUUUUUUGUUUUUCUUCUUUGCUUCAACAUUAAAGACUUUUAAAUAUCGAAUAUCCUCGUCGAUAGAGAAAAAACAAAAAAAAAAAGAAAAGAAGGAAAGAGAUCAAAGAUAAGAGAUGAAAAAAAUGCAGAAAAAAAGAAAUAUUCAUCCCGUGUCUGUUCUUACAAUGCUAUUAAAUGAGAGAGAAAGAAAAAAAGGAAAGAAACCUUAAUCGUUAUAGUCAUAAAAUUAUUUUGUACUAAAAACUGUUUAUAAUUUUGUAUCUAAUCUCUGUAAAUACUAAACGGGUCGUUUUCGACUUAAAAAAAAGAAAAAAAGAAAGAAAGAAAGAAAGAAAGAAAGAAAAAAAAACAUAAAAAAAAGAAGAGAAGGAGGAGGAGGAAGAAGAAGAAGAAGAAGACGAAGAAAAACUAGAGACAAUGAAAUACGACGCGAGAGUGUCGAUUUAAUUAGACUGUUUAAUAAAGGAUCGGAGGGUGAGGUGAUUAAUCAGAAGCUAUGAUUAUGUUUCAUGGUUUCAUAUAACAUGAUCGAAUCACCCUAUUGACCUGUGAUCUUGUUUUAAGUGUAUACUGGAAAAAUAUAGUUCUUUCUUUUUUUUUUUUUUUUAUUUUUUAUAUACCAUAUUAUAUCCAUUGUAUUUAUCAAAUGCAGGUAUGAAAAAAAACGAUACCAUGUUUGGAAAUCAUAACUUCUGAAAAUAGUCACGUUAUAUAUAUAUAUAUAUAUAAUUAUUUAUAAUACACGUGCACGGAUAUACAUAUGCACAUGUAUACGUGUGCGUGUGUAUAUAUGUGUAAUAUACUUUAAAUGGUAGUAAAAAAGUCGUUAAGAGGAAAAAAAAAAAAUUAAUAAGUUAAGUCGAAAGAAUGUAAUUAAAUUUCAUAUAGAACGGGACUGGUAACGUAACAAUGUACAACGAUUUAGAAAUUACUUGUAUCAUAAACGAAUCGACAAUUAAGGGACAAAUCAUAAAACUAUAUAUGUUAUUCGGUAGCUAUGUAUAUACAAAUAUAUGAUAUAACAUUAUAUGUAGAAUAUAACUAGUCACUUCUCGCGGUCACUUUAUAGAGCACAAAAUGCGAUCGACGAUCGCGAGAAAAAAUAAAUAUAUGAUAGAAGAGAAGGAAAGAAGAAAUAAUAGAUGAAACUCUUGUUUCUGAACUUCGAUUGUUAAAUGCGAUCAAUCAAUCGAGCAUUCACGAAUUUUUCUGCUAAUUGCGAGAUCACAAUGCAUCGGUUUUUAGAACACAGUAAGAAAAAAAAAAAAAAGAAAAAAGAAAAAAGAAAAAAAAACCGGUAUACUAUAACGUGCAAAAGUAUUGAAUUGUAAUACUUUGGUAAUGACUUAACUAUGAAAUGAUCUUUGCUGAAAUCAAAUUUUGAGCAAGACAAAAUUGGUGUGUCUAAAAUAUUCGUCAAAAUUAUACAACCAUCGAGAAGAAUCAUUUAAAUUAUUGGAAGUUAAUCCAAUUGUCUGAUACUUGUUUGUAUAUUGAUCAAAAUUACAAAAAGGUGCUUAUUAUACUUAAGUACUUAUUCCAUGUAAAAUCAAAGGCAUAUAUCCAUCAUACGAAUUUGAUGCAUGUACAAAUGUAAAAAAUAAAAAAGUCUUUCCCUUUAGAGUCAUCACCAAAAAAAUACCAAAGUCAAUACUUUUACACAUCACUAUGUAAUAUUUUCUUAACGGGACAGAAUCAUUGCCAAUAAUUAUAUUCACAUAUUCGUUUAAUCAGAACGAUUUCCAAAUAAAAUAAAGAAUCAUUCUCUACUCAUUACAACUCCGACUCUUGGUGUGUAAUCGAGCAUGAAUCCUCCACUUUUACCGUAAUAUUUAUUAGCAUGUUCCUUAUAAAGCUCGAAGGUACGAUGUACGCGCGAAUUCUGAGAGAGAGAGAGAGAGAGAGAGAGAGAGAGAGAGAGAGAGAGAAGAAGAGUUUGUACCAUUCUAAUGUGCGAUAUAUCAUAAUAUUGCAGCCAUAUAAAAAUUUUUCAUCUGUAUAUGGUUAUCUGUAUGUUCGUAAGGAAUGUGUUAAUGCGUCUCGCAUUAAAUAACACGGCUGUAUGAUCCGUUUUUUGUCUGUGUUUUCUUGUAAAGCCUUUUAUAAUAAAUUAAUCGAUUCCUUAAAAUGCAUCGAAGUCUGGGCACGUACGAAGCACAACGACGAUUUCUAUUUGUAUAAGACAGUGGAACGAAAUAAUAAACACAUUUGAAUGAA